AUGGAUAUAAGUUAUAUUCCUCAAGAUUUAUCCAGCUGUCCCACAUUUGAAAAUAAGUCCUGUCCUUUGAGUAGCCGCUCUCCCCAUGUGCGAGGGAUAAUGUACUUGCUUAUGACUGGAGCCAUGCUCAUCACCAUCUUUGGGAACCUGGUCACUAUGAUUUCCAUAUCUCAUUUCAAACAGCUUCACUCACCCACCAACUUCCUGAUCCUCUCCAUGGCGACUACGGACUUCCUGCUGGGUUUUAUCAUCAUGCCAUACAGCAUGGUGAGAUCAGUGGAGAGCUGCUGGUAUUUCGGGGAUGGCUUUUGUAAAUUCCACACCAGCUUUGACAUGAUGCUGAGCCUGACUUCCAUCUUCCACCUCUGUUCCAUUGCCAUCGAUCGGUUCUACGCUGUGUGCCACCCUUUACAUUACACCACCACAAUCACUGUCUCUGUGAUCAAGCGACUGCUGGCCUUCUGCUGGUCGGCCCCUGCCCUCUUCUCUUUUGGUUUAGUUCUGUCCGAGGCCAACGUUUCCGGGAUGCAGAGCUACGAGAUCCUUGUGGCCUGUUUCCAUUUCUGUGCACUCACAUUCAACAAAUUUUGGGGGACGAUAUUGUUCACGACCUGUUUCUUUACGCCUGGCUCCAUCAUGGUUGGUAUUUAUGGCAAAAUCUUCAUUGUUUCCAAACGACACGCUCAAGUCAUCAGCAGUUUGCCCGAGAACACAAAAGGGGAACUGAAGAAAACAUUAUCUAAAAAAAAGGACAGGAAAGCAGCGAAGACCCUGGGGAUAGUAAUGGGGGUGUUUCUAGCUUGCUGGCUACCUUGUUUCCUGGCUGUUCUGAUUGACCCAUUUUUGGACUACUCCACUCCCAUGAUCGUACUGGACCUCCUGGUGUGGCUUGGAUACUUCAACUCGACUUGCAACCCCCUCAUUCAUGGCUUCUUUUACCCAUGGUUUCGGAAAGCUCUUGAGUACAUAGUGUCAGGAAAAAUAUUUAGCACUAAUUCAGAAGCUGCAAAUCUAUUUCCUGAAGCACACUAA